GUUUGUUUUCCAUGAGUAUUAUGGGCUGGUUCCCCCAAGAGCACAGUGCUGAUCUUGUAAAGCACGGGUGUGAGAGGGUAGAACAAACCAUCCAGUCCUCGGGCUCCAGGCUGUGCUCCUAUGCUGAAAGAAUUGCCUUCUUAAUGGACCGUUCCAGACACCCGGAUAACUGCCCCCAGCCUCCGACACUGACUGACAACAUCAACCUUGGCCCUUCUGCUAAUCCAAAUGCCAAGCCAACAGACUUUGAUUUUCUGAAAGUGAUUGGCAAAGGAAGCUUUGGAAAAGUUCUCCUGGCCAAACGCAAGUCUGACGGGAUGUCUUACGCUGUGAAAGUCUUGCAGAAGAAAUCCAUCCUGAAGAAAAAGGAGCAAACUCACAUUAUGGCAGAACGCAACGUGCUCCUGAAAAACGUGAAGCAUCCUUUCCUGGUGGGCCUCCACUACUCCUUCCAGACCUCCGAGAAGCUCUACUUUGUGCUAGACUAUGUGAAUGGAGGAGAGCUCUUCUUCCACCUGCAAAGAGAGCGCUGUUUCCGUGAACCUCGUGCCCGCUUCUAUGCAGCUGAAGUAGCCAGUGCAGUAGGGUACCUGCAUUCCUUGAACAUCAUCUACAGGGACUUAAAACCUGAAAACAUCCUUCUGGAUUGCCAGGGACACAUAGUACUGACAGACUUUGGACUUUGCAAAGAAGGAAUGGAGCAAGAGGAAACGACAUCUACUUUUUGCGGCACCCCGGAGUACUUGGCCCCAGAGGUUCUAAGAAAACAACCCUAUGACAGAACAGUAGACUGGUGGUGUCUGGGAGCUGUCCUCUAUGAGAUGCUGUUUGGGUUGCCUCCCUUUUACAGCCGGGAUGUGUCUCAGAUGUAUGACAAUAUUCUACACCAGCCACUCCAGAUCCAAGGAACCAAGACCACUGCAGCUUGUGAUAUCUUACAGGGACUGCUCCACAAAGACCAGAAGAAGAGAUUGGGGGCCAAGAUGGACUUUGUAUGUGGUAAAAAUGUGUUCUUCAGCCCAAUAAACUGGGAUGACUUGUAUCACAAGAGGAUCACGCCUCCCUUCAACCCCAAUGUGUCUGGUCCUGCUGAUCUGCGACAUUUUGACCCAGAGUUCACUCAAGAAGCAGUCUCAAACUCCAUCACUCGCACACCUGACUUAGCUGCCAGCUGCUCCAGCGCUUCAGAUGCUUUUUUAGGGUUUUCUUAUGCACCAACUGAUGAGGAUUUUCAGGUUUUUAAAUGAGACUUGGAAAUCUAAUUUUAACUUUUAGAAGUGGCACCGUUCUUCGGUCAUGACUGUUAAAAAUAUUGGAUUAGCACACUAACUGAAAUGGACCUGGACUCUUUCACUGUGAUGCACAAUACUUAUUCCUUCUUCUGGAAGUGAGGAUGCCGGUUGUCCUAGUUGGAGAUUUUACUCCUACAGAAUUGAAAUUAACUCCAUGAUCUUAUUUAUGUUUAGAAGCUUGGUGCCAUAAUUCAUGCCAAAACCACAACUCAA